GGCAAAACCAACAAACAAAAUUCCGGCGGCUUUUAGGAUGCAUGGAUGGUAGGAAAGAGAAGAAUUGAAGAUGAGAAGAGUGGAAGAAGAAGAGGAUGAAGGGGCGGCGGCGGGGAGAUCGCCGUCGAGCAGCAGAUGCCUGGACUGCGGGAACCAAUCAAAGAAAGAAUGCGGAUACAUGAGAUGCAGAACGUGCUGUAAGAGCAGAGGGUUUAAGUGUGAAACGCACGUGAAGAGCACGUGGGUCCCCGUUUCCCAUAGAAGGCUGCAGCAACGACGACGCUCCUCCAGGCUACACCGCCUUCCCAGCCCUAAUAAUCGCUUCAUGCCGCCGCCGCGCCGCCAAAAUCUUCCCAUCUUCGGAGGAGAAGAGAGCAAUUUUCCGGCGGAGGUGAGUUUUCCGGCGGUUUUUAGAUGCUUGCGUUUGAGUUCCGUUGACCAUUCUAGGGAGGACACUAAUCACCAAUAUGCAUACCAGACGUCAGUCAACAUAGCAGGCCACGUCUUCAAAGGGAUUCUCUACGACCAAGGGCUAGACAGCCGUCACAAGAUUGGCGGAGCGGGUUUCUCCGGCGGCCGCUUACAACAGCUCGGCAAUUUGAUGGAUGGUCCCUCGAUCCUCCAUAGCUGCCACGACUAAUAAUAUUUCGCCACCUUCUUCCUACCCUGCUCCUUUAACUACUGAUUCUAUGCCUGUGACGCAUUUCUUCCCAUUCCCAAAAUCAUAGCUCCCAAAUUUCCCCACUUUUUUUUGUGCAUUCAACCCCGGCCCCGGCCCGAAUUCAACUAUUGUUACUACCCCAUGAUGUAAAGAUCUUCUUAUUUCCCAUUUUUAACUGUAAUUAAAUAAUCUUUUCAUUUUUAAAACUUCUC